AUGGCUUCAACCGAGCCCCAGAGGGUUCCCCUGAGGGAGCGCCGCCCCUCCACAAGCGCCCCCAUCGUCGAUAUACAAGGCUCUGUAAGCCCGGCUGGUAUUUCGAGGCCGAAGCACAAGCGGACUUUUACUGGUUUUGGUGCCGGUGAUAUCAAGACCGUCGAAGCUUCCAUUCCUGAGCCCCAGCGCGAGGCCUGGACCAAGCACAAGACCCAGGGCUUCAAGGACAAAGAUGGCUUCGAGAACGAGGUCGUACGCCAUGUCGAGACCACCCUUGCGCGAAGCGUGUACAACUGCGACGAGCAGGCUGCAUACGCUGCCACCGGUCUCGCAUUCCGCGACCGCCUGAUCCGGGAGUGGAACAAGACCCAGCAGCGCCAGACCUUCGCCGACAGCAAGCGGGUCUACUAUCUCAGUCUAGAGUUCUUGAUGGGCCGGGCCCUCGACAACGCCAUGCUCAACAUCGGUCAGAAAGACGUCGCCAAGGCUGGCCUCGCAGAUCUUGGCUUCCGCAUCGAGGACAUCAUCAAUCAGGAGCACGAUGCCGCCCUGGGCAAUGGUGGCCUUGGCCGGUUGGCCGCUUGUUUCCUGGACAGUCUUGCCAGUCUUGACUAUCCUGCUUGGGGAUAUGGGCUGCGAUACCGCUAUGGUAUCUUCAAACAAGAGAUCAUUGACGGAUACCAAAUACAAUUCUACGGACAUGUGACAAAGUCUCAGAAUUCGGCCGGCAAGACCGUGGCGAGCUGGGAGGGUGGAGAUGUCGUGACGGCCAUUGCCUACGACGUCCCGAUCCCUGGCUACGCCACACCGUCCACAAACAACCUCAGGCUGUGGUCGAGCAAGGCUGCAAGUGGAGAAUUUGACUUCCAGAAGUUCAACUCUGGCGAGUACGAGAGCUCUGUUGCUGACCAGCAACGUGCCGAGACGAUCAGCGCUGUGCUGUAUCCCAAUGACAAUCUGGACCGAGGCAAAGAGCUCCGUCUCAAGCAGCAAUACUUCUGGGUUGCUGCAUCACUAUACGACAUCGUCCGCCGUUUCAAGAAGUCUAAGCGGGCCUGGAACGAAUUCCCCGAUCAGGUCGCAAUCCAGCUGAAUGAUACCCAUCCCACCCUGGCUAUCGUAGAGCUGCAGCGUAUUCUGGUCGACGUCGAGGGGCUCGAGUGGGAUGAGGCCUGGAACAUCGUCACGCAAACGUUCGGGUAUACAAACCACACUGUUCUCCCAGAAGCUCUGGAGAAGUGGUCUGUUCCUCUUUUCCAACAUCUCCUCCCACGUCAUUUGCAGAUCAUUUACGACAUCAACCUUGCCUUCCUUCAGAGUGUUGAGCGUGCUCAUCCUGGUGAUCGCGAUCUCCUCAGCCGGGUUUCCAUCAUUGAGGAAUCUCAGCCGAAGAUGGUGCGCAUGGCGUACUUGGCCAUUAUCGGGUCCCACAAGGUGAACGGUGUGGCCGAGCUGCACUCUGACCUCAUCAAGACCACAAUCUUCAAGGAUUUUGUUGAGAUAUACGGACCAGACAAGUUCACCAACGUGACAAACGGCAUUACUCCGCGACGCUGGCUGCACCAAGCCAACCCUCGUUUAUCCGAGCUCAUCGCCAGCAAGACCGGUAGCUACAACUUCCUGAAGGAUCUGACAGAGCUCAACAAGAUCGAGCUGUCCGUGAAGGACAAAGACUUCCGAAAGGAGUGGCAAGAGAUCAAAUAUGCCAACAAGGUCAGACUUGCAAAGCAUAUCAAGGCUAGCACUGGCGUUACUGUCAACCCUGCGGCCCUCUUUGACGUACAGGUCAAGCGUAUCCAUGAGUACAAGCGCCAGCAGCUGAACAUCUUCGGGACAAUCCAUCGAUACCUAACACUGAAGGCCAUGACACCAGAGGAGAGGAAGAAGGUCCAGCCCCGAGUGACUAUCUUCGGUGGCAAGGCCGCCCCCGGAUACUGGAUGGCCAAGCAAAUCAUUCACCUUGUCAACAACGUGGGCGCCGUCGUCAACAAGGAUGAGGACAUCGGAGACCUUCUCAAGGUCGUCUUCCUCGAGGACUACAACGUCAGCAAGGCGGAGAUCAUCGUUCCUGCCUCAGACAUCAGCGAGCACAUCUCCACAGCCGGAACUGAGGCUUCAGGAACCAGCAACAUGAAGUUCGUUUUGAACGGUGGUUUGAUUAUUGGAACCUGCGAUGGUGCUAAUAUUGAGAUCACCCGUGAGAUCGGUGAGGACAAUAUAUUCCUCUUCGGUAACCUGGCCGAGGACGUUGAGGACCUGCGUCACUCGCACACGUACGGCUCUCACGCAGUGGACCCAGACCUGGCCAAGGUAUUCGAGGCCAUCGAGAAGGGCACAUUCGGGCAGCCCAACGACUUUGCGGGCAUGAUCUCGGCGGUCCGUGAUCACGGCGACUACUACCUAGUCUCGGAUGACUUCCACAGCUAUAUCGAGACGCACGCCGUCAUCGACGAGGCCUACAAGAACCAGGAUGAGUGGCUCACCAAGAGCAUCACCAGCGUCUCACGCAUGGGCUUCUUCAGCAGCGACCGGUGCAUCAACGAGUACGCAGAGGGGAUCUGGAACGUCGAGCCGCUGCCGGCGGACAAGUCUGAGGGCGCUUAA